AUGUCUGUCCCUUACCUCAUCAACAGUCCCGCCGGGCACAUUCCCGCGUCUGAAAGAAUUCCGGUUAUUGCUCGACCCUUUGUCAGUGAACGGGCGAAGAAGACGUUGGAUCUAGUGGAACGAUUUGUCGAGGAAGAAUGUAUUCCUGCCGACGAGGUCUUCAAGCAACAGAUCGGCGAAGGCACUGUGGCUCGUUUUGAUUCACACCCCCAGGUCAUUGAGGACCUCAAAGCCAAAGCCAAGAAACUGGGGUUAUGGAACAUGUUCCUCCCCAAGAACCACUUCAAGGAAGGUGCUGGCUUCAGCAAUCUUGAAUAUGGUCUGAUGGCAGAGUACCUUGGAAAGAGUGUGACAGCCAGCGAAGCCACGAAUUGUGCCGCUCCCGAUACCGGGAACAUGGAGGUCUUCGCCAAGUAUGGUACCGAAGAACAGAAGAAGCAAUGGCUCGGUCCGCUAUUAGAUGGCCAGAUCAGAUCAGCAUUCCUAAUGACGGAGCCCCAGGUGGCAAGUAGUGACGCCACCAAUAUCGAGCUCAGCAUGCGUAAAGACGGCGAUUACUGGGUUCUCAAUGGACAGAAAUGGUGGUCUAGUGGUGCCGGUGACCGCCGCUGCAAGAUUUACAUCGUCAUGGGCAAGUCAGAUCCAAACAACAAGAACCCCCAUAAGCAACAGUCGGUCAUUCUCGUCCCGGCCGACACUCCAGGUAUCACUAUCCACCGCAUGUUGUCCGUCAUGGGCUUCGAUGACGCACCACACGGUCACGGUCACAUCAGCUUCGACAAUGUCCGCGUACACAAGAGUAACAUGGUCCUCGGCGAGGGGCGAGGUUUCGAAGUGGUCCAGGGUCGUCUUGGACCUGGCAGAAUUCACCAUGCUAUGCGAUCUGUUGGCGCUGCGGAGAAGGCAUUAGAAUACUUCCUCGCGCGCUUGAACGACCCGACCAAGCGUCCUUUCGGCAAACAACUCGCAGAACACGGCAUCAUGCUUGAACGCGUGGCAAAGUCACGUAUCGAGAUCGACGCCUCUCGUUUAGCUGUUCUCAACGCCGCUAUCAAGAUUGAUCAAUCGAACGCCAAGGAUGCGCUCAAGGAGAUCUCAGAAGUUAAGGUGCAAGUACCAGCAAUGUUGAUGGAGGUGCUCGACCGUGCAAUCCAAGCGUACGGAGGUGCUGGAGUUUCCCAGGAUACUCCCCUGGCCAGUAUGUGGGCCAGUGGACGUACAAUGCGAAUCGUGGAUGGGCCGGAUGAGGUGCACAUGCUUCAACUGGGCCGGAAUGAGAACAAGCGUGGUGUGGCCCUUUUGAAGAGGAUCCAGGCCCAAAAGGAGAAGGCGAGGGAGUUGUUGAAGAAGUAUGGUCUGCAAGAGACGGAUGUCCUGCAGCUCAACAGAGUUAGUGGAGGAAAGUCGAAGUUGUAA